AUGUUGAAAGGAACAAUUGCUUCGUCAACAUCCUCUACUGAUCUGACUUCCACUCCAAAUCUAAUCCGUCAUGUAGCAGAAAUUCAAGCCAUUCUCAAUAGUGAUUCUAAUGAGCAUAACAUCCAUUCUUCCAUUUUUGCAAACAAUAAAACUCGGACAUAUGUUUCCACUCCCACUGCUUCUCCUGCUUCAGAUAGCUCCAGUUCUCCAAUAACUGUUCUCCUUACGAAUGAACGAGACGAUGGUGGGGAUGAUAUUAGUGAUAUUAGUACUGAGAAUGAAAGUCAUAGAGUUGUACAGAACCUGAUGCCUUCAAUAUCUCGGAAUCCACAAGUUUAUUCGCCAAACUAUCCCCAAUCCAAGUUGUCCCAGUUCAGUCGUAUGAUACACCAUUCUCGACAAGAAUCUCACUCCCCUAUAGCCUUAAAAAGUAUUAGAACUACUCUGUGGAUUGAUAGAACUCUUUUUCUUGUAGGAGUGAUUAUUCCUCUAUCACUCGGAAUCGUCCUCUUUCUUGUUCACUCCUUCACAGAUUUCAUCAGCUGCCAACCCGUUAGAGUGACCUCAAGUGUACCAAAUAAGUUUGUUAAUCAAGUUUGCCGGACAAAGUUGAUGCAAGUUAUUCUUCAAGGUGUCAGGGACAGGGAUAAUGAGGAUCGAAUUACGGGGAGUCUUCAACAUGAAUGUUUUCCGAUUAUUUUGAUCCUUAUUGCCAUUUUGAAUUGGAUUCCGCACCUCUGUUGGCAUUUUAUUGUACGGCAUUCUAUCUAUUGUGAUGCCUCUCUUGUGGCUUCUGAACUGAGAAGUUUCCGUAAGACCGCUCAACGUGAAUUGCUCUCCAUUGCAUCAACAAUCAGUUCUAUACCUCUUGGCUCCAACUUCAUGCCAAUAACUCAGGAGAUUAGAAUGAAGAAUUUUGGCAGACCAACACCUACUCAACGUCGAAGUGGUGAUGAACUUACAAUUACGGAACCAGUAAGUAACUUCCAGAUAUCACACACUAAGAAUACCAUAUCACCAGUUGAUACUGGAUAUGAGUCCGAAAUGGACUUACCUUCAGCAGCUGUAAUGCAUUUACCUAAACUUCGAGUCAGUAAAGAUGAUCAUGCUCUCAAUCUCUUCAUCUCCGGUUGGCAAAAGACGGACUUUUACUUUCGACGCUUCCUUGCUAAGCACGCUGUUUUAUUUCUCUUUAAUAUCACCACUUUUAUACUUGUGCUCAUUCUGUCUGCUGUUACCUAUGGGGAACCGUUUUCUGGCAAUUUUUACUGUCGACCAACCGAGAAAUCCACUACUCUGCAUGUUUGCCUCACCUCAACCGCUUUCGCACUCAACAUGACUGCCUUUUGUCUCGGUGCCUUGGGUCUGAUUGGCUUUGUUUGCUCUGCCAUUUUCUUCCACCGCAACUUCUUGCACAGUCGUGUUUACAAGGAGUCGAUUGUUGCCUGUGGAACUAAAUCUAUCCUUCAAUCCGAUCUAGCUGCCUGUUUGGUGACACGCCGUGAUGAGAAUUUCUUCUCUGAUUACAUUCGAUUACUAGCGUUAGCACGAAUGCAACUACGUGGGUCGCUCUUUGUCACGCGACGAGAGGUUUUCAACCUUCGACUCUCGUACCUUCCAGGUAUCACGAAGACAGAUUUUCACUUUAUGAAUCUCCUCUGCAAGGAGAAUACAAGACAAUUUCCAGAUAUCAUGCAACUGCGGGUUUGGCUCCUGCGUUACGUCUUCCUUUGCCGACGCCUUAGUCCUGCUAUGACCAAUCGAGCCACUUCCACGCCGAAUAAUCAGAUGAGAAAUGAGGAUCUCUCACAUCGUCUAGGAUUUGGCAAGGUUCGAGUUAAUAUAGACUUUUGUGAUCAAUAUUGUUAG